CUCUUCAUAUCCGAAAGAAAUAGGACUAAAACUGUUACUCCUCUCCGGCACCGGAAUCUCAAUUCAGUGAAAUUCACAAUGUCUUCUUCUACAACGUCGCCGUUCCACCAGUGCCUGCAGCCCUCAUCCAAAACUGCUCCCAAACCAAAACGACGUCGAAUAAAUCUUCUCUCUCUAUAUCUUCCCGCCCAAAAUCUUGGAUAACGGAACCGGUUAAUUCCGACUGUAUAACCACCAAGAACCCUCAUUUCCCAAAACCCUUCAAGGAAAUUGUUCAUACAAUCCAAAGUUUGCUUCUUUCUCCAUAAUUCCGAUCUCCACAAAAACCCCCAAAACCCUCCAGCAUGAACUCCUCCUUGCUUUUCUUGACUCUUCUAACUCUUCUUUUCGUCUCUAACCCAUCUUCUUCUUCUUCUUCAACCCAAGUGUUUGAAGCUUGGUGCAAAGAGUAUGGCAAGUCAUACUCUUCAGAACUAGAAGAGCUUUACAGGCGCAGUGUGUUUGAGCAAAACCUUGCCUUGAUUACCCAACACAACGAAAUGGCUUUUUCUUAUACCCUUUCCCUGAAUUCGUUUUCUGAUAUGACCCAAAAUGAGUUCAGGGCCUCUCGCUUAGGCUUCAGGCCUAUAUUUCUCGCUAUUGAGCACAAUGCAGAGAAGAAAUCCAGUGUGGCUAGUGAUGUUCCUUCUUCAAUGGAUUGGAGGGAGAAAGGGGCUGUGACUAGUGUUAAAGAUCAAGGGGAUUGUGGUUCUUCUUGGGCAUUCUCGGCUAUUGGUGCCAUCGAAGGUAUCAACAAGAUUGUGACUGGGUCACUUAUCAGCCUCUCUGAACAAGAGUUGAUGGAUUGUAACAAAGGUCUCACAACUAGAGGCUGCAGCGGCGGACAAGUGGCCAGUGCAUUUCAAUUUGUCAUGAAAAACAAGGGAAUUGACACAGAUAUGGACUACCCGUAUCAAGCUUGGGAUAUGGACUGCAAUCAGGAAAAGGUAAAUAGGCGUGUUGUGACGAUUGAUUCUUUUAAAUAUGUGCCCCUAUAUGAUGAGGAACAACUACUACAAGCUGUGGCAAGGCAACCUGUGAGUGCAAGUAUCGCUGCCAGUAGCUUUGCUUUUCAGUUCUACUCAAAGGGGAUUGUCACUGGUUCAUGUUCGACUUUGUUGGAUCAUGCUGUAUUAAUCGUAGGUUAUGGUUCAGAAAAUGGAGUGGAUUAUUGGAUUUUAAAGAAUUCAUGGGGCAAACGUUGGGGAAUGGAUGGCUAUAUGUAUCUGCAACGUGAUCAUGGAAAUCACAAAGGGCUCUGUGGUAUCAACAUGUUUGCUUUAUAUCCAAUAAAGACUGGUGCAAAUCCUCCUCCGCCAGGUCCUGUGAAUUGUGAUAGUAAUGGAGGGGAAACCUGCUGUUGUUGGAUGUGGUUUCGUGGAACAUGCCGUUCUUGGACAUGUUGUGACAACUUUGGUGUCUGUUGUGAGGAUCUCAUUCACUGUUGCCCCCCUGAGUAUCCAAUUUGUGAUACAGAAAGGAAAUUGUGCUUACAGGCUUAUGGGAACUUAACAAUGAAAGUGCAUGAGAGUAGAAGCAGUGCUAGGAAGUUGGGUACGAGCAAUGUUGCUCGGAAGUUGGGUACAGGCAGUGUUGCUGGGAAGUCAUGGCAACCACGACUACAGCCUUUCUUUAUUGGGGAUUGGCCUAUACCGAUCCCUCCUAGCCCUGUUCAAGUAAUACUGACGAACAAUGUGUCAUACUUCUUGCCAGGGAAUAAUUCUUCUGCUGAUCGAUCCAAAUCGAUUCAGUUUUAAAUUUUUCAUACUCUAUGUAAUGACGUGUUAGGAAACACAUUGUUCAAUAGAAUUGAAUAAGUUGAUUUGCAGCAUUACUGUAAAGUGUAGAGUAUGAGAUCACCAUACUGUAAAACUGAGAAGCAGAUUACGUCUACAGUUUCA